AUGAAGAACGGAGAUAACGACAAGGACCCGAGCGACGAUCGGUACCCGGGUCUAUUCUACUUCGUGUUGACGCAAAUACCAGCUGGUUUAGAGAAGGAUGAAGGCUUUGAGGAGCCAGCAGCUGUGGGGAAGGUGACCCUACACCCCCUGGACUAUUGGGUGAUCGAUAGUGGCGCUACCUAUAGCAUGACACCUCGCCCGGACUUGCUCACCGAACUCGAACCGUCACCGGUGAAGCAUGUCACAUCGGCUUUGGGGCAGCGAGCAGAGGUGAAAGGCAUGGGCAAGGCCAUGUUCAAGGGUGCUGAUGGAAAGAUGGUGGGCCUCAAGAACGUGCUUUGGGUGCCCAGCCUUGCUGCGAACCUGAUUUCCGUGCGGCGAUUGGCAAAGGCCGGCAUGGACACGAACUCGAAGGGAGCCAAGACUUACAUUGCAAGGAUUUGCGAGCGGAUUCUUUGGGACCUUCAUGAGGAUAGGGAUGUCUACAACGAGAUGUGGCAGAUCCCUGUGGUCCCCAUGCCUAAGGAGAGGCAAGUGGCAGCACCAAAGAAGAGCAAACCUGGAGGGACCAGCAAGCCCAAUGAACCUAAGGAGAGUGAUGCAGCAGCCAAGGAGCAGCACAAGGGUGAGGAGAACCCCGAGGCAGCAGCGGAGGAGGACUACGGAGAGAGCAUGUGGGGCGCUAUUGCGAGCGCGGCAUUCUCCAAUCCGACUUCGGCUACGGGGGAGUGUGAUUGGCUCACUUUGCAUCGGUGUAUGGGGCACGUGGCGUUGCCCAUCUUGCAGCAGCUAGUGAAGAACCAGAUGGUUGCUGGCAUACGUGUGAAGGGGGAGCCCGAUGAGGUGCUUGGCUGCCCGACGUGCAUGCAAGCCAAGUUCACCCGUUUCCCGUUCUCUAGUUCGGAGGCAACGGCAAAGGCACCGCUUGAUGAGGUGGUGAUGGACGUGGUGGGCCCCCUGAAGCUUGGAGCUGCUGGAGCUGAAUACUUCCUCACCAUCGUGGACGUCUACACUCGCAUGACGUGGGUGUAUGUGCUGGCCAAGAAGAGCGACGUUGCUGAAACGUUGAAGACCGAUUGGUUCCCGAUGGUGGAGCGACAACAAGACCAGCUAGUGAAGAGGAUCCGCACCGAUCGAGGGGGAGAGUUCCUGAGCAAGGGGUUCUCAUUGUGGCUCAAGAAGAAUGGCAUAAGACACUCUUUUACCAUGCCAUACUUCCCUCCAAUGAACAACAUCGCCGAGCGAGCGAACCGCAAGAUCACGGAGGCGGCACGCGGGUUGCUCAUUGAAGCCGGGCUACCCGAUUACUUUUGGCCUGAUGUGGUGUCGAGCGCGUGUGUGGCCAAGAACAGAGUUUUGACUCAUGUGGGAGCAGACAAAUGGGUGCCCUAUGUGGAGUGGCUUGGAAGGAAGCCAAAGGUGGAUAUGCUUCGGGUGUUCGGGUGCAUGUGCAUGGCGCUCGUACCUAAGCAUCUUCGGCACAACAAGCUUGGUGCCAAGGCGAUAUGGGCCGUGCAUCCAAGCAUGGCUCAAAACAGCAAGGGGUGGCUUCUUUGGGACCCAUUCAACAAGAAAUUCUUGGUGAGAAGGGACUGCAAGUUCGUGGAGAACCUGAUAUGCAAGGAUUGGAAGGCGGAGAAUGAGGCGAAAAUAGGCGUGCGGUUUGGAGAGGUGAAGAGUUCCGGUUUGGAGCAUGUGGAGCUGCCUUUGGAGCCAAGCAGCGGCAGCACCACCACGAGGCAAUCUUCCCUUGUGAAUGGGGGAGAGGAGGCCAAGGAUGCAGAGGAAGAAGAGGAGGAGGUGCAGCAAAUGAGCGAGCGUGCACCGACACAUACUUCCCGCACUACAAGCGCUCCACGGAUCCAUGCUACACCGCAGCAACGCCAAGGCCUUCAAGUCUCUGUAGCUGAAGAGGAAGGAAGGGUCAAGAGGAAAGUUCAACCUCCUAAGAGGCUGACAUAUGAUGCACCGGGAGAGCCAGGCAAGACGGCCCUGGCCGGAGUGGCAAUGUGUUGGUGUAAGGGCCUAAGAAACUCAAGCUAUUAG